GCCCGGUUGGUCAUGCAAGUAGCGGCUUCGAUUUAUUUUGGACAUGGCAUUAGAUAGAGACCGCGUCUCCCAGUGUUGAUUGUUUCGAAGUCCUCUAGCCCCUGCUCGCCUAAAUUGACGCGCUGUAGUAUGUUGUCGAUCCGUGAUCAAGAAGCGGACAAUUGUACGGAGAUCAAGAAGUUGUGCUAGUGGUGAAUGUUGCGUACGUCGUAGGUCUUCGUAUCGAAAUAUUGUUGGAAUGCAGAAAACAUUAAUUGACGACAAUGAAAUGAGAGCAGUAUUAUGUGUUCGUGAUGGUCAUGGUGUGUCUGUUUAGCACACUUAUAAGGAAACUGUGAUCGGUCCUUCUGAUGAUUUUCAAAGGGAACACUUUCGACGGUGAUAAUAUAACAGUGACGAGAUUAAGCAAUGAUCCUGACCAAAGGUCUAGCCGCGUGAUUUGAUAUAGAAAGACCUUUUGUUUCCAAGGAGCUGAAGCCUAUAGGAUCACUAAUCGCCUAAUCUUUACGGCGAACCCUCGCAACAAUGUCCACUGAUGAAGAAUCAGAUAGCAUCGGCACCCGCCAAAGAAAGCGGCGUGGGGGCCCAGCCAUACAGUCGGACGAUGGCGAAUCUAGUUCCGACGACAGUCUGAUCAUGCCACGAAAAAAAGGUAUUCGACGAGUACUAAGCAGCAGUAGCAGUGCAUCAAGUUCGGAUCACUCCGAUUCUGGUAGCGAAGUCGAAGCAGGAAGCAGCAGGCGACGUCGUCUCGCUAAAGACAAAGCUGUCGUCGAAAGUAGUGACGCCGAAAGCGAUUCUAGUUCGAUUGGAGGGGCUGGUAAUGCAUGCCCCAUCUGUCUUGGUAAAUUGGAUGGUGCGGCCUUACAGGGUCGGCCAGACGGAUGUGAACAUAUUUUUUGUUUUGAAUGUAUCGUUGCCUGGAGCCGUAACAAUUCUACUUGCCCUCUCUGCCGAACUGCUUUUCGGAACAUAAAAAUUCUUCUACAAGGAUCGAUCCUUGAAGAGGUGCCAGUAAAACAGAUCACACCUGAAGAGCUUGACUUAAAUGCCUACGUGAACGACAUCGUAUGUGUCGUGUGUGGUAGUUCUGACAGAGAGGAUACCCUACUUUUGUGUGACGAAUGCGACGAUGCUUAUCACUGCGCAUGUCUUAGCCCACCAUUGGCAUCUGUCCCUCCGGGACAGUGGUUUUGCCCCAGGUGCGUACCGGGCGAGAUAGAUGAUGACGAAAACGAGUCGCUGCUAGGAGACGGUGACGAAAGUUUUGGUAUAUUCGUUCCACGUACACGAGCUACGGAGAGGGUUCGAAGAGCAGUACAGUCGACGCGUCGAGGGGCCAGUGGCGGGGCUCCCGGAACAAGUAGUCAGUCUCAACGCGCUGGAGGAUCUUCCGGGCGGCGAAGGGCGCUUACAAGCAUGACAGCAGGAACGGCAUCCUCAAAAUCCUCAACUCAAAAAAAAAAAAUUUCUAUUACACGAAAAAAAAGCACAAAGAAACGAAAAAGUAUGACAACCGUUAAACGCCGAAAAACUACUCGCCGAAAAACUAGCCGACGAAAAGGCGGACGACGAAAAACCAUUGUCCGAAAGGCGUACACGUCAUCCCUUGACCAUCAGUGCCGUAUCGCGCGAUCGCUUGGUUUAUCCGACCGUGUCCUAAACAAGCUUAAUCGAAACAGUUUCGGCUUCAGUGCGUUGAGUAUAGACGAGCCGUCGACGAGUCGUGGGACGGUGGCAUUCGAGUCUAUAAAAGUUAGCCGAGGAGGUAUCAGUGGACUGGUCCCGGACCUACACGUUUUUGGAAGUCGGAACAACUAUGAGCCUGGUGGUAGUGACAGCGAAGACUAUCUUCCUACCAGCCGGUCUCGACAACUUGAGCAAGAACUUCGUCCUCCGUCACCACCACCACCUGCUGGCGGAGAUCUUCUUAGUGGGCUGCUAGAAAAGCAAUCAGUCUUGCUAAGUAGAAAGUCCGAGCUUAAGCGAGACCCAUCAGGAAAAGUGGUUUUAGUAAACGAGUCCGUCACAUCAACUGCCAAAGCCCGCGCAUCAAAGAUAUUCACGCCAUCGUCAUCCUCGUCAUUUACGAGGCGAAGCUCAUUUGAUAGCUCGCCUCCCACGAAACUACCGGCUGUUCCUAUUGUCUCAGAAACAAGGCCAGCAGUGAAUAGCGACGGAGUGGAUAUGCAUUAUAAGCCGUCACGAGUAUCCAGGGUAGACAUGAAUAUUAUUUCUAAAUAUGACAACACUAUAGAAGAUGUACUUACUAACGUUAUGUCAACAUCAUGUGAAGUUGAUUCGCCGAGACGGCCAAGGCUGUCUAAGCAGGACUCGCAGCAGUCAGUGGGAACCAGUACACAACAAGCCUCAGCCCUUUGCCUCGAACGAUUGCGGAAUAUCGCUGAUGCAGUUACAUCAGAUAUAACCGCUGAUACGGGAACGGCUGAUACGAGCUCAACUAAGCAACAGCUAGAUAGCCAGGCUAGCUUGUAUAUCAAGCAAGAGAUACCCUCAUCCCCUUUGCAAAUUAAGCAAGAACCCGACGAUGAGCAAGCGUACCAGUGUAUUAAGAUCAAAGUUGAGGCGUCCGUGCUAGACGGCCCGGAACACUUACGACGAACAGUCGUUGUAGGUAAUGAUUUAAAUGCGUCAGAUACUAAGGCAGUAAAAUCAGAACCACCGCCUUACGCCGAAGCGGAGCAAAACGUUGUCAGGAAGAAGGCAGUUCAGGCAUCACACGGUUGGAUUAAUUCGCUCCGACUGACAACACCCACUGUGAUAAAUUCACUGAGUGCGUUCAGCGAGCUCGACGAUGACCAGUCAGGUCUUUCAGUAGCGCCAGCUCUAUCGUUUCACCCACGGCUAUCUAUCAAAGAAGAGCCUAGAGAGGUACCGUGUUAUUUCGACUUAUGCCGAGUAAAGACCGAACCCGUGAACUUUGAUGAGGCUGCACCGCAACCUAUGCUUUUAACGGAGAAACCUAACAGAUAUAUAAAUUCAGCCGGCGAAGGUGGGGAUCCAGAAGCGAGCUCAUCAAAGAUCAAGACGGAGCGCCAUGAGGGCGAAAGAACUUUUAAAGAAGCAUAUACGAGAAAUGGGGCGAGAUCAUAUGACGGUAAGAGGUCCACAACAACAGAUAGGAGAAAAGGGUCACAAAUUACGCAAAAGGAACGGGAGUCAGAAAGAAGCAUGGGGGGUGGGUAUUCAAGACGGUCGCGUAGCAGAAGUUUUAACCGAACGAUGAAAAGAGAGCGUCGAUCCGUCGACGGUAGUCCUCAAAGAAUUAAGAAAGAGAGAAAAUCGAAAGAACGAAGCCCUUCUAAUAGUCUAAAACGAAUUAAGACGGAGAGUGGAUUAAACCGCGAACGAUAUAUAUCGAGAAGUCCAAAAAUUAAAGAGGAGCGGCCAUCUAGCGAGCGAAGUUUGCCACGAAGUCCGCGAAUAAAGCAAGAACGAAUUUCUCGAGAAAGCAGCCCACAAAUACAGUGUUUCUCAAGGAAAAAAAGCGUUUCCAGAAGCCCGACGCAAAUCGAGAGAGAACCUCGGCCUGCCGAGCGAAGUCUCCCGCGAGAUUCGUAUCGCCGCAGCAGAAGUCGAAGCCGUGAAGUUUCUCGGCAAAUUCGGUCGCGAAGUAGAAGCCGCGGUAGAGACAGAGCAGAACGUUCAGUCAAACCUGCCAGAGACUGGGAUAGGGAAUCGGGAAAAUCCAGAAAAUUUCAAGACGGGAGUUCAAGGGAAAAUGACUACAACAGAAAAAAAAGCCGCAGCAGAAGUCGAAGCCGCGCAAGAGAAUCGCGUCGAGCAGAAAAGGAGUCUACAAGUAAGCGAAAGAAUCCGAGGCGAAGGAGGGAUGCCAGCGCUGAAGAACGGCAGAAGAGCGACAGCCCUGAUAAUAGACGAAAAAGAAGGAGUCCUAGUGUUGAGGAAAAUCGACGAAGGAGAAGCACGAGCGUAAAGAACAAACGGCGGAAAGGAAGUCCUAAUGUUGAUGGGCGAAAACAAAAAAGAAGUCCGAGCUCGGAACGGACCAGAAGAAGAAAGGAAAACCCAGGUUUUGAACGUAGACAGCGCAGCAGAACGAGUCCUAGCGGUGAAGGCGGAAGACGCAAAAGGAGCUCAAGUGUCGAAAACGAUCGGAGGCGAAGGAGAAGUGCGAGCACCGAUGACCGAGGGAGAAAGCGGAGUCCCAGUUUCGAAGAUGGUAGGCGGUGGAAAAAGAGCCCAAGGAAAAUGGAAGGCGCGGGGCAGAAGAGAAGUCCAAGUGUUAAACGGAGACGACGAAGGGAAAGCGCCAGCAGCGAGGACAGAAUGAGAAACCAAAGUUCGAGCGCUGAGGAGGACAGUCGUCGAAGAGCAAGUCGCUCCCCGACGAAGUUGACGAAACGACAUAUUCGUAUCGAAAAGGAAAAAUGCAGAGAUCAAUAUGACUCACUGGAGCUGCCUAGGGUUGCUGCUCCGAAAAUCGAGUUGGACCAUCUCAAGGUUGAAACACAUGACUUACAAGAUGAGGAUCGCCCCUCGUCGUCCUCAUUUGAAGAAGUGAGAGACCGUGAUCAAGUCAAUGAGAUUAAGAUGGAGCCAGAGUCUGUUAAGAGCGAGUAUAGCACUUGCCGCUCUUCAGGCAAGCACUCUUUGAGCGAGGCAGAAUCAAUACCAGAUUCACAGCUUCUCGUCGGCAUUCGUCCAAAAGCUGACGAAUCGCUAGAUUUCGCCGCAACUGACACUUCUGAACAGUUGCUCCCCUCAAGUAAUAUGAUGUCAACAUUUAAUGUGGCCCUGCAGAGUGGGCAUUCCGUUCUGUUGGUACCAGGUCCAAUCGCUGGCACGUACGUGCUACCUGGCGCCGAAACAGAGAUUCAGUCACCACAGCCUGCUAGCAGCACAACGCCUUCUCACCAUGCUGAAGGAUAUAGCAGUGGAGUUGACUCAGAUGACAACAACCUCGAUGGAUUGGAGUUAGUCACAUCCACACCGGGAACUGAUGCUCCUCUUAACAACAACACACACUGCAUUGAUUCAAAACCAGCUCCGGAUCCAAAAACCAAUAAAAAGCUCCCGAAAUUUUUCGUCGAAAAUGCCAAAUUUCAAGAUGUUGUGGUGAAAGAGGUGGGAGGUUAUCUCAAGAAAUUUUACAAGAAACAUCAGAUUUCUAAGGAAGACUAUAAAGAAAUUUUCAAGAAGGUUAUGAAGAAAAUCUGCAAGAGUUCGCCUGAGCCAAAGAGGCUUGUAUGCGUUCGGUCCAUACGAAGGUUAUGCGAUUUUUACGUACAAAAGGCUCGUCUCCAAAUUAAAAAAGACUGCAUGUUCUCCGAUGACAUGGACUGAAUGGCUCGGUUAGCCAUAAACAUUUUGUAUGAUGGUUGUCGUGUGUUACAGAAGUACGUUCCACUUAUUUUUCCCUUCUCAGCAUCCGUGCAUACAUCGGUUAAGGUCGAACUUAAUGACCGGAAAGAGCCGGCAAAAUUAUCUAUGGCAUUUCAAUGAUGUUGAGAAGAACGUGCAUUAGUGAAAACAGGCAAAUUGGCCCACUUAAGAUAGAUUGGGUGAGCGAGCAAAGGGGGCGAAGAGUUCAUCUCUACUGCGUAGACGGUACAACGGCUUGUUUGUUUGUGCUCGAGGCUAAAGACUCUUUUCUCGAAAUUACAAAAGGCUGAUUCACACAUAGCCCACAAUUCGAGAUUAAAAUAUGAGAUAAAAAUUUUGGCCGGUUUUAGAAUGUCUCGUUUUAACAGCAUAAAGAGUGCUUUUACUAGAUUCCACAUGUUAGUAUGCAAAGUGCUACCUACAGUGACACGUCGCUGUCCGCACAAUAAAAGCCGUUAAUCUUCUACCUAGUUAAAUCGACGUUUAUAGUGACAUAUCUAUAUGGUUUGAAAGUGGGCAUUUUUUGUAACCAUGUACAAAUGUAUAUUUUAUUAAAUACGAGAAAUUUACACCACCACUAUAUGCAUGAGACGGUUUUGCAUACCUAUGUAAUAUGCGUGAUCAAAUAAAAACAAGUGAAGAUUUCGGUAAUAAUAAGCUGGAAUGUGAUAGAAGUCAUAUAUCUGCCUUCUGAGUAACUCUUUUAGGUAAAGGAUUAUCCGUUUCUGUUCGUACCCGUUUUGUAUUCUGAAUUUAGGUACAGGUAAAUAUUAUGCAGCUUAAUUCAUAGUACAAAUAAAAGAUGAUUAUAAAGUAACACAUAAUAUUUUUAGUUUUUUUUUAAGCACUCAAGCAUUUUUCAAGUAUAAUAGGCAUUAGAGAAAGUGGUGCUUUGAAAACCAGUUUCGAACACAUUGCGUGUAAGGAGUACAACGGUGUUUACUUAUGUCAAACGUAUUUUGUGUGAAAAGUGCUAAUAAUUUUACAAAUUGGAGUUUCCACUUGUGAUCGAUCCUGGGAGUUCUUGCUAUCUAUAAGACAAUACCGUCGUGAUAGCGUGUCAUAUGCCUAACUCGAGCUAUUUCAACUAAGUAUAUUAGAAAACCAUUUUCCUAGCGAGUCAGUUAAACGUUGUACAGGUUCACACAUCUUAUUAUCGCAGAAAUUACUCUGCUUUACGACUGAUUACUUCAGAAUGCAUGGUCACCCUACACAUUUUAGCUCCACAAAAUUUCACUAAGCGUUUGUUUUUAAUGACAUGUUCACAAAACGCAAAAUCUCGUACUCCAAAAAAUAUCGUAUUUUUGGGCAGCUUGAGUAACCAUUUCAUCCAUGCCCACAAAGUCAUAGCCUUGAAGAGAUCUAAACUACUUCGUUGCUAAGCAAGUACUACCACCAAACCAGUUUAGCCAGCAUUAGCUUGCCUGAAUGUAAAGUGGCAUUGGAGUAGAGUUUAUCGAAUGGGAAUAACAAAAGCUAGGUAAUGCUUUUACAUUUCAAAAAGAUUUUACCUUUCCUCGGCAAUGUUGUGGACCUUGCUGAAAUUCACUUUACACACCGUGCUUCUGAUUGGUUUUCGUUGGUCCAGAUGUGACCGCGUGAUUUAUGGAGGUGGCUGUAAUUAGGGAGACAUACAUAUAUAUAUGCGAUAUUGAACUGCUUGCACAUCUGCUACGAACGGUAGGCGCUGGUAGAUGUGUUGCGCGACUAUACACCAUUACCGGCAAAGUAUUACGGAAUAGACGGAGUCAAGCGUUUGGGGCCCCGCAGUUAGAAAACGUGUGGCGUUCUUUGAAAUAAUUUUUUUUUUAUUAUUUUUAGACAUAUCUAGAAAAAAAGCAUUACUAAGUAUUUGGAUAUUGCUUGAAUAAAAAUAACGCCCUGUUGUCGAAUCGAUAAGCACAAUACAACGUGGUUUUAGAUUAUGAACGGCUUUAGGGUCAGACAGUAUAAUGUUUAUCCACGACGGGUUUUAAAGCACAAUUACGUUGGUGGAUUAUUCAUUAUUUCAUAGAUAAACGUAUGUAACAUCCUAAGCGAUUUACGGUAUGAAUAAGCUAAAAAGCAGCAAGAAUCGAAGCACGUUUGUCAAUUAUUACGGUCCGCUCUGUGCUAAUAGCUAGUCACUAUCGAGUUGUUAGUCUUGGCCUUCAUCCUUUACACGAUAUAAUAUUGCAUGAUACAUAACCAUACCAUAGAUUACAUCAUUGCCGUUCACAUAAAUGUACGUCUUUGACAGCUCAUAUACUGAUUUACUGAAGCUUUAGAUUAUUUGCAUUAACUUCACUUAAUCCCUGGCACGGUGACCAGCACCAGCCCUGCGCGUUCAUUCAUCUAACGAACGUUUUCUUGUGAAAGCUUAUAUGUACAUCCAACGACUUCCAGCUGCUGGCGCCGCCUUGACCCACUAAACCUCUAUCGGUCAAGGUCUUGCUUCUCCGCUUAACGCUGUUUAUAUAAAGUCGAGGUAGCCACUCACUUUAUCCGCUGAUAUAUAUAAACUUUUCCAUAAUUUGCCCCGUUAUACAACGUAGUGCAGCAACUGUUGUGGCUUCGCUCAUACUCGUGAGUGGAUGAGCGGCAAAGAAAUACUCGUCCUUAACCUAGCUGAGACGUUGGUCAAUCCCAUGCUGUUUAAGACGAACGUAUGUUCGGCUAAGAGUGCUCCCCAGUUGCACGUCUUUCGGAGAGUAUUUUAGGUUAUACAUAGAGUGAACUGAGUUGAAUUUUGCUGGAUUACGCUUGACUGCUCCGCCGGCGGUAACAUUCAAUCAGGGCAUACUUCAGAGUACAGCGUGCGGCAAUGGCCCACGGCUGAUGAACUGUUAACGAAGACUAACAUCUAUAAAAGGACACCAGGUCGUAGUUGGCUUCCUUGAUAGCCUGCACUCGUUAAAGCCGUUGGUAUGGAUAGACAUUCAGAAACAAUAACACAGCCACCAUGAGAGGGGUUAUAGAGGUGUAUACUUAAGUCGUCCCCGAUAGUUCGAUUCUUCGGAGCACUACCAACGGCAAGAACAGGCGGUGAGAGUGUUUCCUAUUUUUGAUUAUAGUCAUCGACCAGUCGUCGACGGAUGCUCAAUUGUGCGCGAGAUCUGUCAAUCUAUUUCUAGAAAUAACGGGUUCACAGGAACAGGCCACAGUUGUGGUGUCUAAUGAGCGCGAAGUAAAGCGACUGCCUUGCACGCGAACGUGGCGAGUGAACGUAAGGGGAUGAGGGACACCGAUAGUCCUAGUGGAGGGUGUCAGUGUACAACAGCGCCUCCCAAUCUUCCCGCUCGCUGAUGGUCUGUCUGUAGACCUGUGGGUAUUGCUAUGAUUUUGGCUGGCAUCCAUUUAGUUCGACAAUAGGAAACGGAUAGAUGACACUGUCCGGGGGGCGGCAGCCGGCCGAAAUCUCGUGUUUUGCAAAGCGAUCGUGAAUGAUUAAACCGUUGUAGAACACAAUAAACGCUCUACACUAGAUAUAUCUGUCAACUUAUUUCUAUUUACAUUUCGUGUGUAUGUGCGUUAGUGUGUAUGAGGUA